AGAAGAAAGCUUUAAAAUACCACUCAAAAGGUCAAUAAGUUUAUAGAAAUUGUUUUUUUUUCUUGUUUUUCCUUCAGCACCCACUGAAUGCAACCAGAGAAUGGCGCAAAAGCAGACAAUUGCAUGGAAAACUAAUAUUAAUGAAACAUAAGAGAGCGUUAUUCUACAGUACCAUUUGUCUACUAUUUAUUUUUUAUUUUUGCCGAGAGAAAAAAAAAAAGUUGUUUGAUUUUCCACACCGUCAGCCAGUCGAAUAUGCCCCUGCCUCGCAGGGUGCCGCGGCCCCGCCCGUUUCGUGUGGGGAGCGAGAGCGCAGGUGAGGAGCUGGUGAGCUGAGCCGGUGAGACGCGCAUGGCUCGGAGGACGUCUCCCGUCUGGACUCCCCGUUUACUUGAGCUUUAAUAACCGAAUAUUUAGGUUUCAGUCUCGCGAACGGAAGAUUGGAUAAUCUAGGGUCCGUGAGAUUGCUGGUAUCGGCUGUACUUUUUUCUUCUGGUGUUCGCCAUGCUGUCAAGUCUGAAACACUUUCAGGACUUCAUGCCCGGGUCUGGUAUCCAGUCGAUUGCCAAGGCAGACCUAAUUUCGCUGCUUCUGGAUUAAGCUCCAGUUAGGCUGCUGACCUAACGGUAACGUUAAAAUGGACAUUCCGACUAAAUGGCCUUCUAGUGAGUCCCUGGAUUACAACGGUGACCCGUUUAUUGCCGGCGGUUUCAGAGCCGUAAACUUUAGUUCUUCGGAGGUCAGGCUGAACAUCUCUGCGCGCACCAGGCUGCUCCUGGAGGUUUUGAUAGUGCUGAUGGCUUUGGGCGCAGUGGCAGGUAAUAUUCUGGUGAUCGUGAUCGUGGCCGCGACCAAGACGUUCCACUCGGUGACGUCAGUGCUGAUCAUUAACCUGGCCAUCAGCGACUUUCUGGUGGGCAUCGGGGUCAUGCCCUUCGUUGCCAUCUCGGUUAUGUACGAUGGAUGGGUGGAUUGCACAGAUUUAUGCCUCUAUGUUGGUUACACAUCCUCUGUGUAUUGUACAGCCUCAGUAUUGACACUGGCUGCGAUUGCUUUGGACCGAUAUUACGCCAUCAUAGACUGCCUGCACUACAGCUCUCAGAGCACAGUAUGGAGGACGGUGGCUGCUGUCAUCUGGAUUUGGCUCCAGGCGGCUGUCACUAGCUGCCCCCCAUUACUGGGGUGGAGUCAUUUGGACUAUAUCGCUCCAAUGUACAGCUGUGCAGUGGACUGGUCCAGGAGCCCAAGCUACACUGGGUUCGUGGCCGCCUUCUCCUUCAUGCUUCCUGCCUGCAUUAUGGUCUUCUGUUAUGUUAAGAUUGUGAAAGUGGCCAGGGGUCACGCACGGAGGAUCCACGACCUGGAAGAUCACCUGCAGAGAAACAGACCACAUCCCGCUGAGCAGGAGGAGAAGCCCACCUUUUCCAGGCUGAUUUAUUGCAUCAGCGGGAAGAUACUCCCAGAGACCCACCGGGACGAGACCCUCAGCUCCCCAUACCCCUCCUGCAGUUCCUCCAGCACAGGGAGGUUGCACAAUCUCUUGACUAGGCAUGGCUUCCACAGCAAGGAGCACCAUGGCGUUUUCCGUCUCUUUCUGGUCAUCUUUGCCUUCUUCUGCUGCUGGAUGCCAUACAUCAUUGUGGCACUGGUGCAGGCCAUCGAGACUGCUACUUCUCACCAGUCCACCCACAUCCCCAACAACGUCAUCACCUUUGCCUACUGGCUGGCUCUGCUGAACUCUGACAUCAACCCGCUGCUCUAUGCUCUACUGAGCAAGAGGUUUCAGAAGGCACUAAAGAGCCUGCGCCACAAACUGCAUGCCAGGGUUAGCCAGCAGGUGUGCAACCCCCAGACAUGCACAGAGCACAGCCCACAGUGCCCCCGUAAUACAGCUGCCUCCAGCAUUAACUCUGUGUGUCCAGAAAGGGCCUUCAAUUCCUCACUUUUCUCCCUGGACUCUUGCACACCAGAAGGCUACAAGAAGGAACAAGUAUCUAGGAGGAACAACCUCCUGCCCGGACAUCUUUCCUCCGCUGUGAAGCUGGAAAGGACCAAAGAGUGUGUCUGUGUGAAGCCAGAGGGGCAGGGGCUGGAUACACAGCACUUGCAGGUGCCCUCUGCCCCUGUAGAGAGCGAUAAGCCAAGUAGGCCAUCUUCACCCUCUGACAGACAGGUGACCUUCUUUUAUGGUAAGAUAACAGUUAAAGUGGAGCAUGAUGUGCAAUGACUACCACGGGAUCUGUUGCAUCAGUCUUAGCUGUGGGACUUCACUAUGCAGUGUGAAAGAGCAGUGUCUGCCAUAACCUUGGGCUACUUCAGUCUUUGAAGUAAAAACAAAGAAAUUCAUGCAACUCUCAUACCUAGGUUAAUCAUGCUGUAGUAUUGCGCAGAUCCUAUAUUUUGUUAUUGUGAGUUCUCAUGCUACUUUAUGGUACUAUAGUAUAAACCUACUGAAUGUCAAACAAAGACAGUGAAUGGCAUUGUCACCCUCUUGGAUAACCCUGAUUCAACAUCUUUUCAUAAACACUUGCUUUAACCGUCCAAUGAUCAAAAGUUAAACAGAACAGAGAAUUUUCAUAACACGUCAUGGUCAUCAGCUUAAAGUACAUCCUGGCAGGAUACACAUGGAAGUCACCAAAUCCAUUAGAAACAUCAAGGAAUCAUCCCUCUGACUUGAGAACAGACCACUGUUUCCAAUGUCACAGAUGGACCUCAUAUCACCUGCAUCAGUUCAAAAGUGAAAAGGACACUAUUAGAAAAUUAUUUUUUUUGUUAAGAUUUAUUGUAUUUAUCACUUUAUUUACAGUCGUUUGAUAAAAUUUGCAGUGAAGGUAUAGAAAAAUAAAAUGUA